UCCUCUCCUUCUCCUCUUUUUCUCCUCUUUCUCCCCCCCUCUUUUCCCCAGGAUCAGUGAUUUUCUCCCUCUUUAUUCCGCUUCGACCAGUCAGGUUUUACUACACCACUCCUCUUCAUCGCCAUGGCCUCCAUUACCCGUGCCCUGCGGCCUUUGUCCCGCACUGCCACCUCGACCUCUCUCCGCUCGGCUGCGAGACAGCCGAUGCCGUACCGACUUGCCCAGAGCACCCAUGCCUUCUCGACCACUUCCCGCCGGCGGGAGGUCGACCUGUCCCACCUGACGCCGACUCCGAUCACCCUGCUCUCCGAGACCGAGUCUCUCAUGUCCGACUCCGUGUCCAAGUUUGCCUCCGAGCAGAUCGGCCCCAAGGUCCGGGAUAUGGAUGAGGCCGAGGCCAUGGACCCCGCCAUCGUCGAGCAACUCUUCGAGCAGGGCCUGAUGAGUAUCGAGAUUCCCGAGGAGUUCGGCGGUGCCGGCAUGAACUUCACCUCGGCGAUCGUGGCGAUCGAGGAGCUGGCGCGGGUCGAUCCCAGCGUCAGCGUGAUGGUCGACGUGCACAACACGCUGGUCAACACGUCCAUCAUGAAGUACGGCGACGCGCAGGCGCACCGCACGUGGCUGCCCAAGCUGGCGACGGGCACCGUCGGCUCCUUCUGUCUGUCGGAGCCCGCCUCCGGCACCGACGCCUUCGCGCUGCAGACCAAGGCCGAGAAGACGGCCGACGGCUACAAGCUGAACGGAUCCAAGAUGUGGAUCACCAACUCCAUGGAGGCCGGCUUCUUCAUCGUCUUCGCCAACCUCGACCCCAGCAAGGGCUACAAGGGCAUCUCGGCCUUCAUCGUCGAGAAGGACACCCCGGGCUUCUCCAUCGCCAAGAAGGAGAAGAAGCUGGGCAUCCGUGCCAGCAGCACCUGCGUGCUCAACUUCGACGACGUCGUCAUCCCCAAGAGCAACCUGCUCGGCCAGGAGGGCCAGGGCUACAAGUACGCCAUCAGCAUCCUGAACGAGGGCCGCAUCGGUAUCGCCGCCCAGAUGACCGGUCUGGCGCUGGGCGCCUGGGAGAACGCCGCCCGCUACGUCUGGAACGACCGCCGCCAGUUCGGCACCCUCGUCGGUGAGUUCCAGGGCAUGCAGCACCAGAUCGCCCAGGGCUACACCGAGAUCGCCGCCGCCCGCGCCCUCGUCUACAACGCCGCCCGCAAGAAGGAGGCCGGCCAGGACUUCGUCGCCGACGCCGCCAUGGCCAAGCUGUACGCUUCCCAGGUCGCCGGCCGUGUCGCCGGCUCUGCCGUCGAGUGGAUGGGCGGCAUGGGCUUCGUCCGCGAGGGCAUCGCCGAGAAGAUGUUCCGCGACAGCAAGAUCGGCGCCAUCUACGAGGGUACCAGCAACAUCCAGCUGCAGACCAUCGCCAAGCUUCUGCAGAAGCAGUACACUCAGUAAAAGGAGAAUAAACCAAACUGAAAUAAAUAAUCAAGAAAAAAAAAUAUUCAAAGAAUAUAACAUAACUGAGCAUUCCAUUAAGCGAUGGAUAAAUGAAUCUAUCUCAUUAUCCUAAUUCCCCAGCUGCCGUCACACCGUUACAUCACCGUACAUAUGGAAUUCCAUUCCACCAGACAGAGUCGUUCAACUAUUGCAGUGGAUCCACGCUUUGACCUUCAAUGUCAUGAACUGGGCACUAUAUGCGAUAUACAAUAUGUGCGGGGAAAUACGGGCUGGGGUUUCUUUCAUGAUUAAGAGCUCUUUUCUUUUCUUUUCUUAUUUUUCCUUUUGUGUUUAUGUACGUAUGUAUGAUAGUCGAGCGUUUUAGUCUAUAGACUUGGAAUGAUUGAAUCAGAUCUUU